AGUUACCAGGUCAUAAAAUCCCAAAAAAAAAAGAAAAGCAAGUAUUAUUGUUCUGUGGUGUUUACAUUUUACAUCAUAUAAAAUAAAUUAAAAUUUUUCAGCAAACUAUACCACUUACAAUUAACGAAUGAAAAUAGUAUAAAUGGUCAAAACCAUGGGAACAAGUGUUCAAGCCGGUUCAGAAAGCACAGAUUCUGGAAAUAAGGAAGGACUUGGUAUAACAACAUCAUCAACCAUAGGUACAAGUGUUCAAGCAAGUUCAGAAAGCACAAAUUCUGGAAAUAAGGAAGGACUCGGUAUAUCAACUCCUAGUAGCAGAACUCACAAUGAAGAUGAUGGAGCCACAAGUAUACAGCAUACAUCACAACAAAAAAUAAUGGGGGAUGUAGCACUGACCCCAACAAAUAGAUGUUAUACACCACAAAUUAUGAAUCCUCACAGUGCCCUGACAUCUUUAACUCCAAUGGCAAGUGCUGCUAAUCAAGUGAAAAACAGUGUAAAGUUGCAAAACUGCAUCUCUACAGUGAGCUUAGGAUGUGAAUUAAAACUAUUAGACAUAUACUUUCGUACAAGAUAUUCGGAGUAUAAUCCGUCAAGAUUUCAUGGAGUUGUUAUGAAAAUUAUGGAGCCUCGCACCACAGCUCUUGUAUUUAGGUCUGGUAAGAUUGUGUGCACUGGAGCUAGAAAUGAACAUGAAGCUUAUAUAGCUGCAAGGAAAUUUACUAGGAUAAUACAGAAAUUAGGCUUUCCGGUAAAAUUUCUAAGUUAUAAAGUUCAAAACUUUAUUGCAACUGCAGAUUUAAGAUUUCCCAUAAGACUAGAAGCACUGCAGCAAGCACAUGGUCAGUUCACAUCAUAUGAGCCGGAGCUGUUUCCUGGUCUUGUGUAUCGAAUGGUGCGUCCAAGAGUGGUACUAUUGAUAUUUGUCAACGGGAAAAUCGUAUUUACAGGUGGAAAAUCACGAAAUGAAAUAUACGAGUCCUUAGACAUAAUAUACCCGAUACUAAGAAGUUACAGGAAGAAUUAGAGUUAUCGUGUAUUUAUUACUGUGUAUAAUUAAAAAAAAACCCAGUUGUCUGGUAUUAAUAACUAGUGUACCUUUACAUAUAUUUUUAUAAGUUUAUUUCAAUUGUAUUAAGUAGGUAUACCUAUAUUAGUACAAAACUUGAUAAUAUAAUAUUAUAAUGGUA